AUGCCAACGCUUCAGCAAGCACAACCACCAGCCGGCCUCAGCACUCCGAACCAUCCCGAUCACCUGGCCUUUCGCGGUCUGGGGACUCGACAGGCUGGGACCCUUCCAAACCGCUCGAGGCGGCAUGAUGCAUUUGCUGGUGGCGGUGGACAAGUUCACCAAUGGAUAGAAGCACGGCCAAUCAAGAAGCUGGACGGGCCAAUAGCCGUCCGGUUCGUCAAGGAUAUCGCGGUGCACUACGGCAUGCCGAACAACAUCAUCACGGGUAAUGACACCAACUUCGCCAAGGGCGCGCUCUCACAAUACUGCUCCGUCUUCAGCAUCAGCCUCGACCUGGCUCCCGUGGCACACCCACAGUCCAACGGCCAGGUCAAGCGGGCCAACGGCCUCAUCCUAUCUGGCAUCAAGCCGCGGCUCGUCGAGCCGCUCAUCCGUUCACCCGGCAGCUGGCUUGACGAGUUGCCCGCCGUCCUCUGGACCGAAGCCAAAGAAGCCCGCGAAGACGGCGUCGACCUACUUGAAGAAGCACGCCUCUUGGCACUUAGUCGGUCAGCCAUCUAUCAGCAAGGCCUAAGGCACUACCAAAAUAAGAAGAUCAAGCCCCUCGCAUUUCGCGAGGGAGACCUCAUCUUCCGACUUGUCCAGCAGCAAGCCGACCAACACAAGUUGUCCUCCCCAUGGGAGGGCCCCUUCAUUGUCAGCAAGGCCUUGUGCGACCGCAACGCCUACCGCCUCAUCGACGCCCGCAAGUGA